GGAUCUUUCCAACAACAAGAUCAGUGGUCUAGAUGCUCAGCUCUUCAGAGACCUGACUUCACUGGCAAAGCUAGAUAUAAGCCACAACCAGAUUUCUACAUUAGAAGAUGGAAUAUUUGAUAAUUUAUUUAAUUUAAGUGAAAUAAACCUAAGUUGGAAUCCAUUUGUUUGUGAUUGCAAACUGUCCUGGCUGCCACGGUGGGUGGAAGACAGAAAAGUGCAAGUCCUUGAGGCUUCAGACACGAGAUGUGCUCAUCCCCCUGAGGUGGCAAACCUGUCCCUCUUCGAUGUCCAGUUCCCCAGUGCCACCUGUGGAGCUCAGUACAUCACAUGUCUGACCAGCAACCACACCGAAGAGGUUGAACUUGUCAUCCUCUUCACGUCUGUCCACGCCGGGGGCCUCACUGAGGAGACCUGCAGUGCCCUCUGUGCUGCUGAGAACCAGGAGUACGGAGGUUUCAGCUCCCAGGGGCAGUGUUUGUGUGGGACUGCCCAAGAAACAAACUCCUCCUCUGGCUGUUUGCUGUUUUGCACUGAGCAUUUGCCCUGGCAGGGCUGUGGUGGCCCCUCACUCAUCCCUUCGUCCUUCCAGGCACAGCUGCCUGUGUCUUUCACAGGGCUCCAGCCCAGGUACAGCCUGCACCAGGCUGUGCUCUUCAAUGUCAGUAUUCCCAUUGCUGUCAGCACUUUACUGUGGGAAUUUGGGGACCAGACAGAGGUUCUCAACACCACUGAAAACGCAGCUGUGCACACCUAUGCCUUACCUGGGAAGUACAAUGUCACUACCACCGUCCUCGUGGGCACCAAGGUCUUGUAUGUGCAGGCAGAAAUCGAGGUGGUGGCUUCACCCCAGCAGCUGGACCUGCAGUGUCCUUCUUUGGUCAAGACAAAUGAAAGUCUGGACAUAAGGAUCCGUAACAGAGGUGGCACCAGCCUGGCCGUGCUCUACGGGAUCACUGCGGAGAAUGGAGAGCUGGGCAGAGCAGUUCACCCCAUGUGUCCCUCUGAUGGCUUGGUGUUCCCUGGCAACAACCACUGCUACCAGCUGGUGGUGGAGAAAGCAGAGUGGCUGGAGGCACAGCGGCACUGCCAGGGCCACGGCAACGGGGACCUGGCGUUUGUCAGCAGCCCUGACAUCCAGAGCUUCUUGGUUGCUCAUGUAAUCAGGAGCCUGGAUGUCUGGAUUGGAUUCAAUGAUUUUGCAAGCUCUGGAGCACAGCAAAGAGGGGAAGGAUUUAAUCUGGAGAGCUGUCAGAACUGGCUGCCAGGAGAACCUCAUCCCUCCAACGCUGACCACUGUGUCCGGAUGGGCCCAACAGGCCAGUGCAACACUGACCUGUGCAUGGCCAAGCACAGCUAUGUCUGCGAGUACAAGCCAAAGGGAAUUCUCCUAAAUGCUGCAAACUACUUUGAGGGACAACCUGUCCUCGACACCCAUGAGGCUGUGAGGAAUGUGAUUGAGGGUGUGCCAUCAGCUCCGUGGCAGGCUGAGGAGGUGAUGGUGUUUCCUGGGCUGGCAUUCAGGCACGAGGGGUAUCUCACUGCCCUGGAGUUUGUGGCACAGGAGCUGCAUCAGCCUGUCCAAGUGAGCUUCCAGGUGCAUAGACCAAUGGAUGGAGAAGACUACCAGGAGGGAAGCAAGGCCACAGAGCCAUUCCACACUGCUCAGGAUGAUGGGAACUGGACAAUGCUGGAAUGUCCUCCUGGUUUCCAGUGGUGUCAUUUGACUAAUUUGUGCUCAUCCCCCAACAACUGCUGCAAUGCCAGUGAGUGUGCCAACAGUUCCACUGCCAGCAGCUCUGCCCCUGGGUCCCUGCAGCACAACACGAGCCAACUCAGCUAUGAGCUCAUCAAGGAAUUGCUCUUCACCAUACCAGCUGGCUCCUCUUCCCAUUAUCUGGUCACAUUCAGAAGAGAAAACAUUUUUGUCAGGGCUGGGGAUGUGUUCAGCAUCCAGCACAAUGCAAGCUCGGGGUCAGUCCUGCAGUGCCAACCCAGUGCCACGUCCCCAUACACAACCAACGUCCUGCACAUGAAGUCCUCGGAGUGGGCCCUGUCCCUGUCUGAUGGCUUCAUGGAUCCCACCUGGAUAAACCACACUGUUUGCUCUCUCUGGGUUCGCUACGCUGAGGAGCAGCUGGUCCCAGUGCUCACCCCCCACAACGCAGGGCUGGAGCAUCCUGGUCGCUACACUGUCAGAGCCAAUGUGGACAAUGGUGUCUUCAGUGCCAACUUGUCCUGCAGCUUCUGGGUGUCCUCACAGGUGUCAGGCCUGCGUGUCAUCCACCCCCCUCCCCAGGGCAGCAGGGUCUACCUGCCCACCAACCACAGCACCCUGCUGAUCAAGCUGUCCUCGGGGGCGAACGCCACCGCACGCUGGCUGGGGGACAACCGCACCGUCCCCUUCGUGGGGCACUGCCCCACCACCCUGGGGCCGCUGCCAGCUGAGUGUGCCAGGGACAGCAAUGACACCUGGUUUGCUGUGGUGCAGCUGAAUGGCCUCAGGGAGGGGGUGAGCACCCACGUGCUCGUCGCAGAGAACUCGGUGAGCUCGCAGAACAUCACGGUGACGGUGAAGGUGGAGGAGCCGAUCCGCGGGCUGCGAGCCACGCCGGACCCUGAGAGCAGAGUGCUGCUCAAUACACGAGUGAGCUACAUCCCUGUGAUGGAGGCUGGGUCAGAUGUGACUUUCCGAUGGACAGUAGAUGAUAAACCAUCUUUCACUUUUUACAAUGUUGUCUUCAACGUUAUCUACCAAAGCCCAGCUGUGUACAAGCUUUCGCUCACAGCCUCCAACCACGUCAGUAACUUCACGGUCAAUUACAAUGUCACGGUGGAGAUGAUGAAUAAGAUGAAGAACCUGAGUGUGGUGGGUGUCCUGCCAGUCCUGCCCCAGAACAGCACCGUGGAGCUCACAGCGAGGGUGCAGGUCGAUUCAGCUGUGGAUGCUUUGUUCCUGUGGGAUUUUGGAGAUGGUGUCCAGGAGACGUACCUAUUCAAACCUCCCUACAACAAGUCCUUUCUUGUUCCUGAUCCCAAUGUCCAUGAGGUUGUAAUUGAACACAACGUUUCACACAUCUACCAAGACCCAGGAGAAUAUGCCCUGAUGGUUGUCGUGUCCAACCAGUUUGAGAACCUCACCCACCUGACCCCAGUUCACAUCCACAGUUACCUGAUUGACAUGAAGGUGGAAGCAGAGGAGGAUGUUCUAGUCGUGGGCCAUCCGGUCACCUUCCGAGCCACUCCACUGCCAUCUCCGUACGGUGUCGUGUACACCUGGGACUUUGGGGACGGCUCCUCCCUGCUGAUGGAGAGCCAGCCCACAGUGGCACACAGCUACCCCCGGCUAGGGGUGUACAACGUCACCGUGACAGCAAACAACACCAUAAGCAGUGUGGAGACAGUGGAGUGCUACCAGGUGUUUGAGGAGAUAACUGGGCUCCAUGUGUCUGCAGGUGAGGCAGCAGAGCUGGGAGCAGCUGUCACCAUUAAUGCUUCUGUGGUAACAGGGGACAGCAUCACCUGGAUAUUCGACAUGGGGGACGGGACAGUGCUGAGGAGUCAAGUGCCUGUGGUAGAACAUGUGUACAUGAAGGACAUCAACUGCACAGUGAACGUGACAGCUGUGAACCCUGUGAACUCCAUCUCCCAGACCGUUCCUGUUCGGAUAUUUGUCCUAGAGGUACUCAGAAUAGAGCCUACUUCUUGCAUCCUGGAGCACCCCGAUGUGCAGCUCACCGCGUACGUGACGGGGAACCCUGAGGAGUACGUCUUUGAUUGGACCUUUGGAGAUGGCUCAUCCAAUGUCACGGUCAGUGGGGACCCCACGGUGGUGCACAGCUUCACCCAGAGUGGGACAUUCGCUCUCUCCCUGACUCUCUCUAGCAGGUUUAACAAGGCUCACUAUUUCACCAGUGUCUGUGUGGAGCCAGAGAUAGUCAAUGUCACCAUUCUCCCUUCCAAGCACUUUGUAAGGCUGGGGGAGGAGACCACCUUCCAAGUCAGUGCUGUGCCUCCCUACCAGUACCGCUACCGCUGGGAUUUCGGCAACAAUGAGUCUGCCAGAUCGAGUGGGACUGAAGUGACCUACACCUACAAGAAUACUGGAGUCUUCCUGGUCACAGUGACCGUCUCCAACAAUGUCUCCUUCAACAACGACACAGCUUUUGUGGAGGUCCAGGAACCAGUUGGGGUAGCAAAGAUUGAAUAUAAUGGGACAAGCGUUUUGGAGCUCAACCAGAUCUACCUGUUCUCUGCCAGCAUGAAUGGAACCAAAGUGGGUUACCUCUGGGACUUUGGAGAUGGCACUACACAGACUGGGCAGGUUGCCACUCACUCCUACAGCAGCACAGGCCACUACAGCAUUACUGUGCUGGGCCAGAAUGAUGUGAGUUCUAACAAGACCACCAUCGAUGUCGCCGUGAAGCGUCGGCUCCUUGGCCUAACGGUCAAUGCCAGCAGGACAGUGGUGCCACUGAAUGGGUCAGUGAGCUUUGUGGCCACCCUGGUGGCUGGCACUGCCAUCCGCUACUCCUGGAUCCUCUGUGAUCGCUGCACUCCCAUCCAAGGCUCCUCCACCAUCUCCUACACCUUCAGGUCCGUGGGCACCUUCAAUGUCAUUGUGACAGCAGAGAACAAGAUCAGCUCGUUGCAAGACAGCAUCUAUGUCUAUGUCCUGGAGCAGAUUGAGGGCCUACAGGUGGCCAGCAGUGACCUGGUGGAGGACAUGUAUUUCCCAACUAAUAAAACACUCCAUUUGCAGGCCAUGGUGAGAGAGGGAACAAACAUCUCCUACAGUUGGGUAGUCCAACGGGAUGGCAAUGCUGUGCAGACCUUCACUGGGAAAACCUUCUCCUUGAGCGUCCUAGAAGCUGGGAACUACACUGUGUACCUGAAGGCCACCAACAUGCUGGGAUGUGCCACUGUUAACAGGACACUGGAGUUUGUUGAAAGCCUUGGCCUCCUAAAGCCCCAUGCCUUCCCCAAUCCAGCUGCUAUUAAUGCCUCUGUCAACAUCAGUGCCACCAUAACCAGUGGCACUGGUGUCAUGUAUGUGUGGUACCUAGAGGAUGGCUUCUCUCCUGCUACCUCUGAACCCUACAUUAUACACUCCUUCCAAAGCCCUGGAGUGGUUGAGGUGGUCGUUGAAGCAGAGAACAAGCUGAAUUCAACCAAUGCAACAGUUUCUAUCUGUGUGGAGGAGGUCAUAGAUGGGCUGAGUAUAGGAACAGCAGAGCUGGACUGUAGAUAUGUCUCAUCAGGCUCCACAGUGGUCUUUGAGGGGGAGCUGCAGAGAGGCACUGAAGUGACCUGGCUUUGGGAGGUGCCCAAUGGCACAUUGACUGGCCAGUCUGUGGCUGUCACGUUCCCCACAGCAGGGUUUUACACAGUCUUUCUGAACGCAUCCAACAACAUCAGCUGGGCUCUGGCCAGCAGGAACAUCUCAGUGCUGGACAGGAUUCAAGGUCUGGAAGUUAUUGCCAGCAAGAAGGUGGUGGAGCCAGGGGAGCAGGUCACCUUUGUGAUCAAGAUGCUGUCAGGUACCUCUGUGAGUUACCUGGUGAGCAUCAGUGGGGACUACUCUGUGGUGCUCAACGGGUCCAGGUACACCCAUGAGUUCACCAAGAGUGGUGAUUAUUUGGUGACUGUGACAGUGCAGAACCAAAUCAGCAUUGCACACGCUCAGGUGCUCAUCUCUGUCCUGGAGGCCAUCCAUGAUGUCAGGCUCCUGAACUGCUGUGAGUUGGGCAUCCCCACGGGCAUGGAGAAGACCUUCAGUGCCCAGGUGGGGAGUGGCUCCCGUGUGUCAUUUUCCUGGCAGUUCUCCCUGUGGAAAGAGCGAAGUCAAUCCAUGGUCACUGUGGCAGGAGAGAGUGUUUCCUACAUUCCAGAAGCUGCAGGGCUGCUUGAGAUUCACCUCAGUGCCUUCAAUGACUUGGGAAGUGUCAGUAUCACCAGAACCAUCCAGGUCCAAGACGCAAUAGUCCAGGUCUCCCUCACUGCAUCCAAUGCCUUCGUCAACAGGACAGCACUGUUUGAAGCCGUGGUGGUGCCCAGCAGCAGGAGUGUUGAGUUCUUGUGGAGCUUUGGGGAUGGCUCUUCCACUCAAAUGACCAGAGUUGCAGUGGCCAACUAUUCUUACCUGAGCCCUGGGGAUUAUCUGGUGGAGGUAAAUGCCACCAAUCUCAUCAGCUUCUUCAUAGCCCAGCUCACUGUCACCGUCCAAGUGCUGGAGUGCGAGGAGCCAGAGGUGGAGUUGGCCUUGCCCCCGCAGGUAGUCAUGAAGAGAUCCCAGAGGAACUACCUGGAGGCACAGAUUGACCUCCGAGGGUGCAUCAAGUACCAGACAGAGCACCUGUGGGAGAUCUACCGAGCCCCCAGCUGCAUGAGCUUGGAUGACUCCAGCAGGAUCCGUCUGCCGAAUGUUGACAUGAACAGACCCCAGCUGGUCAUCCCGAAGCUCGCCCUGGAGGUUGGCAACUACUGCUUCAUGUUCAUUGUCUCCUUUGGAGAUACCCCACUGUCCAAAAGCAUCUUUGCCAACGUGACUGUGAUCCCAAGUAAACUGGUCCCAAUCAUUGAUGGGGGAUCAUACCGUGUAUGGUCCAACACUCAGGACUUGAUCUUGGAUGGGGAGAAGUCCUAUGACCCCAACUUGGAUGAUGGUGAACAGACUCCAUUGUUGUAUGAGUGGUCUUGUACAUGGUCUUCCAAGAGCUCGGCUGCAGGGUGCUCUCUGAAUUGCAGUGCCAAGGAAGGGAUUGUCACCAUUCCCAAAGCUGCAUUAGAAGCUGAUGUGGAGUACACAUUCGACCUCACUGUCAGGAAGGAGGGUAUGAGCCCUGAGGCAACCAACCAGACCGUGUUCAUCAAGAGAGGAGGAGUCCCCAUUGUGUCCCUGGAGUGUGUUUCCUGCAAGGCUCAGUCCGUCUACGAAGUCAGCAAGAGCUCCUAUGUCUACCUGGAGGGCACCUGCCAGAACUGCCACAACGACUCCAAGCUUGGAAGAUGGGCAGCUCACAGCUUCAAGAACAAGUCUCUCAUCCUGGACAAAAGCACCACCUCCACUGGUGACACAGGGAUGAACCUGGUGCUGAGGCAAGGGGCACUGAAGGAUGGAGAGGGUUACACCUUCACCCUCCACAUCACAGACCUUACCACAGGGGAGGAAGGCUUUGCCUCCAUCGACCUGCUCCCCAACCAGCCCCCCGUGGGGGGCUCCUGCCAGCUGUCUCCCAGGGGACCCCUCAAGGCACUGAUGACCAAGGUGCACUUUGAGUGUACAGGGUGGAGGGACACGGAGGACGCAGAGGCGCCGCUGGUGUACAUCCUGCUGGCCUCGCGCCACCGCGCCGGCCACCACCACGAGUUCUGCGUCUACAAGGGCAGCCGAGCCGAGCACAGCGCCUUCCUGCCCCCCGGAUUCCAUGACAGUGGCUUCAGGGUGUUUGUGGCUGUCCUCGUGCAGGACCAGCUGGGAGCCACCGUGGUGGCCAUCAACUGCUCCAUGGAAAUUGGCUUACCUGAGGGGUUUCCCAGCCUCUCCCACUGGCUCUACAAUCAAACUGACACCGUGCUCCAAGGAUUAGUGAAACAAGGGGACCCUCAGCAGGUCAUCGAAUACUCUCUGUCCCUCAUCACCAUCUUAAACGAGUACGAGCGCUCCACGUUGCUGGAGCCUGAGGCUGGGAAUGAGUUUGAGCUCCGGACCUGGACUCGGAACAACAUCACAGAGACCCUGAACUCCCUGAAGGUGAACACAGUGGAUGACAUCCAGCAGAUCUCAGCUGCCUUGGCACAGUGCACGGUGGUGAGCAAGGAGCUGGUGUGCAAGUCAUGCCUGACAAGGACCUUGAACAAGCUGGAGACUAUGAUGACCAUCCUGCAAGGAGAAACGACUCAGGGCACUGUGACACCAACUGGCAUAGCCGACAACAUCCUCAACAUCACAGGUGACCUCAUUCACCUUGUGAAUACAGUUUCCCAAGAAUCCCAGCCCCAGGAGCUGCUGGCUGACUCCCCCAACCUGCUGCUGGCUCCCAAAGCCUACAACCUGUCCUCCAGCCUCAUGCGCAUCCUCAUGAAGUCGCGAGUGCUGAAUGAAGAGCCCCUGGAGCUGGUGGGAGGAGAAAUUAAGGCCACAGGCAAGAGGUCUGACCCCUUCAACUUGCUUUGCUAUGAGAACACACCAAACUGCCAGUUCUCCAUCCCUCAGGCCUUCAACUCCACCCUGUCCAACCUGACAGAUGUCAUUCAAGUUAUGUUCCAGGUGGACUCCAAUCCUUUCCCUUUUGGUUACAUAAGCAACUACACAGUGUCCACCAAGGUUGCCUCCAUGGAGUUCCAGACACACAACGGAGUGCAGAUCCCUAUUGGCAGCCUAGACUCAGAGAAAGCCAUCACUGUGAUGGUGGCAAACAACACAGACCCUGAGAAUCUUGCUGCUGGCACUGAAGUCAUCGAGCCAAGAACGUCUGUGAACCUAAUUGUGGUCAUGGAGAGCAACAACAGAGAAGCAGGACUGCACUUCCAACUCACCUACAGAGUCCUAAAUGAUCUCUACCUUGCCAGUGAGCCUGAGCCCUUCAUCAUGGCCUAUCUCCACCAUGAGCCUGAGCCCAAUGAGCACAACUGCACUGCCUCCAAGAAGAUCAGACUGGAUGCCCUGGCUGGAAGUGACCACAAGCUCUACACCUUCUUCACCUCACCCAGAACGGAUGACCCCAUCCAGAAAUACUACCUGAACAUCACCAACCACUUCAGCUGGUCACCAGUGGAGGUGACCCUGGGGCUGUACACGUCCCUGUGCCAGUACUUCAGCGAGCAGGAGAAGCGCUGGAAGACAGAAGGCAUCAUCCCCCUGGAGGAGACCAGGCCAGAUCAGGCUGUGUGCUUGACCCAGCACCUCACUGCCUUUGGGGCCAGCCUGUUUGUGCCCCCAAACUCUGUCCAGUUCAUCUUCCCUGCUCCAGGCCCAGGCCUGAACUACAUUGUUCUGCUGACAUGUGCUGUCUGCUUUGUAACCUACUCGGUGGCUGCGCUGAUCGUGCACAAGCUGGACAUGAUUGACCUGAACCGAGUGGGAGUGAUUCCCUUCUGUGGGAAGAAUGGGCUCUACAAAUAUGAGAUCCUGGUGAAAACAGGCUGGGGCAGAGGAUCAGGCACCACAGCCCACGUGGGGAUUGCCCUGUACGGUGUGGACAGCAAAAGUGGACACAGGCACCUGGAUGGAGAGAACUCCUUCCACCGCAACAGCCUGGACGUGUUCCAGAUCGCGACGGAGCGCAGCCUCGGCAGCAUCUGGCGCAUCCGCAUCUGGCACGACAACAAAGGGCUCAGCCCGUCCUGGUACUUGCAGCAUGUCAUUGUAAGGGACCUGCAGAGCAGCAAGAGCUACUUCUUCCUGGUGAACGACUGGCUGUCGGUGGAGAGCGAGGAGAACGAUGGCAUGGUGGAGAAGGAAGUGUUUGCUGCCAGUGAGACAGAGCUGAGGAGCUCAUGGAGGCUGUUCGUGGCGGAGCUGCAGAGAGGCUUCUUCGAGAAGCAUGUGUGGCUGUCGCUUCGCCCGCCCCGCAGCCGCUUCACCCGCGUCCAGAGAGCCACCUGCUGCACCCUGCUCAUCUUCCUCUUCCUCUGUGCCAAUGCCGUCUGGUACGGUGUUGUGGGCAAUGUCCACCUCAGCAAUGGGGCUGUUUCCAACCUGAUCCCUGUCAAUGUGGACACGGUGGCUGUUGGGCUGGUGUCCAGUGUGGUGGUUUACCCUCUCUACCUGAUCAUUUUAUUCCUCUUCAGGAUGGCUCGUGGCAAGGUGUCCAUCAGCCACACAGUGACUCACUCAGACCAGCAGUCCUUGGAGAUAGACAACUACCUGGACUCCUCCAUCCUUGACAGCUCCUUCCCCACCUUCCCUGGGCUCCAGGCAGAGGCUUUCUCUGAGCAAACCAAAACAGAUCUGUUCUUGGAGGACUCCAAAAGCCUGGUACGUUGGCCCUCCAGUGAGGCCCUGCUCAGCUGGCCAGACCUCCUCAGUGACCCUUCCAUCAUGGGCAACACCAUCCAGAAGCUGAAGAGGGGCCGAGCCAGUCGCCACCUUGGCCUAGAGGUGCCACUGGCAACCGAGGAGGACAACUUGUCCCUGGGGGUGCACCAGGGACAGCCUCGGUACUUCUCAGCCUCAGAUGAGGAUCUGAUCCGGCAGAUCCUGGCGGAUGGAGCCAGUGGCAUCUCCCACUCCCAGGACCUGGGGCCAUACAUGAGAGCUGAAACAGAUCUGAUCUCAGGCCUGUCCAGUGUGUUUGGGGAGAAGGUGGAGACUGUCGUGAUGCAGAAACUGAAUGACAAAGGGCAGAGCGUGGCAGCUCCUCCCAGGGACCUGAGCAGAUCAGCCAAGUCGACGUGGACAGUUGCAGACCAGACAUUCAGGAAGCGUUUGCUGCCCUCCUGGUGCUCCUACCUGGCCCAUGGGAUCAGCCUCCUCCUCUUUGCCACCUCUACGGGGGUCUCUGUGUGGAUUGGGGUGGGAUUCUCCUCCAGUGUGGCUGUCAUGUGGCUCAUCUCAGGCAUAUUCAGCUUUCUGGCAUCAUUCCUGGUCUGGGAACCGCUGAAGGUGCUGCUGGAAGCUCUCUAUUUCUCCCUGGUGGCCAAGAGGCUGCACCCAGAGGAGGAUGACACCUUGGUGGAACAGCCAUUUGUGGAACAUAUGUCUGAGAAGAUCAGCAAGGUCAGGCCCCCACAGGGCUUUGCCCUGUUCCAGGCCAAGGAGGAGGCCAGGAAGGUCAAACUGCUGCACAGGAUGCUGAAGAACUUCCUCAUCUACAUGAUGUUCCUGCUGGUAGUUCUGCUCACCAACUAUGGCGAUGCCUCCCGCACCAGCCAGGCCUUCCUCCUGCAGAGCUCUAUCAAGCGGCAGCUGGGCAGCAGUGAAUUUCUGCUCAUCAAGAGGUCGGACCAGUUCUGGCUCUGGAUGUCACAGGUGUUCCUCCCCUACCUGCACAAGAACGGCUCAGGCCAGGAGAGCCACAGCACCACGCUGGGGGCAGCCAGGCUGCGCCAGCUGCGGCUGCACGACGCUGAGUGCCAGCGCAGUGCCCAGGACAUCCUCCAGAGCAUGGGCAGGGCCUGGAGGAACUGCACUGACCCAAACAGCUUUGCCACUGCUGACUAUGCUGUGGGCUGGAAGAGAGCAGGAGGGAACAAGACAGCAGCAUGGGCACACUCACCUCCUGACCUGGCAGGGAUCUGGUACUGGGGUUACAUCUCCUUCUACGACAGCAGUGGCUACGUGCAGGAGCUGAGCCCUUCCCUGGAGGAGAGCAGGGCUCAGCUCGACUUCCUGCAGCAGCACACAUGGAUCGACAACAUGAGCCGAGCAGUGUUCGUGGAGCUGCUGCAGUACCACCCCAGCGUGGACCUACACGCGGCCGUCACGCUGCGCCUUGAGUUCCCUGCACCUGGCCAGGCCAUCGCCGCCAUCGCCAUCAGCCCCUUCCCCCUGCUGCGCCUCAGCUCGGGGGUCACACUGCAGCUCCUCAUGAUGGUCUUCCUCAUGAUGUUUGUUGUCUACUUUGUGGUGUCGGAGUCACUGUCCAUCAAAAAAGAAGGAAGAACCUACUUCACCCUAUGGGGCAACUAUGGCCAGUGGGUCUUCAUCCUGCUGACCACGUGCACUGUGGUGGUGCACCUCAGCCAGGCCACCCUUGCUGACCAGCAGUGGCUCAAGUACCUCAGCAACCGCAAGGGCUUCACCAACUUCUACCAGGUGGCCUUCCUCAGCACUGUCUUCAGCAGCCUGGCUGCCUCCCUCCUCUUCCUCCUCACUGUGCAGGCUGGCCAGCAGCUGAGGUUUGUCAGGCAGUGGUCAGUAUUUGGGAAGACCUUCCAGAAGUCUGCGAAGGAGCUGACAGCUGCAGGGGUGGCCUUCACCCUCCUCCUCCUGGCCUAUGCCCAGCUUGGCUUCCUGCUCUUUUCCUCCUCUUCCGAGUCAUUCCGCAGCGUGGGCAGUAGCCUCCUGCUGCUGCUGGCCCUGCUGCGAGGCACCGUGAGCCUCCAGCCCUGCCUGCCCGAGGCCCCGGGGCUCUGCCAGCUGUUCUGCACCACCUACAUCGCGCUGGAGGUGUGGCUGGUGCUGCGGCUGUUGCCGGUGGUGCUGAUGCACAGCUACCGCGAGAUGCGCUCGGAGCUGUUCCGCCCUGCCUUCGAGCCCCAGGACUACGAGAUGGUGGAGCUCCUCGUGCGCAGGCUCAAGAUGUGGAUGGGCUUCAGCAAGGCCAAGGAGUUCCGGCACAAGGUGAGGUUCGAGGGGAUGGAGCCU